AUGAAGAGUGUGGCGUCGAUUCCGGCGAACUACGUCUCCAUUCUCCAGCUUCAGGAGCGUUGGGUUAAGGAGAGAGAGCGGAAACAGAAGGAAAAGGACUUAGCAGAGAGUGGAGUGAAGCAGCAGGCGAAUGGACAAGGAUGGAGAGAGAAAAUGAAGGUAGUAGUGGAGGCCGUAGAACCAAGAAUGAAGCUCGAGAAAAAGGGUUUAGGCGGAGGUUUUCGUCCGAAUCGUUUGGAAAAGGAACCAAAUUGCGAGGAAGCAGAGGUCUCUGCGACUGUGAGCAACAAGGACGAAGAUGGAGGAGAUUCGCAACAGAGAAAGAAGAGAUGGGGUAAGAAGAUGAAGAAGAAAAAGAAUCAAGAUGGGUCUGUGGAGGAGGAGAGCUUCAAAUCUGAAUCAAAGGCGUGCAUCCCGAGGGAGAGUAAUCUGGUGAAAGAGGAGAGUCCCAGAGUUUACGUGGCCAAGGGAGAUAAAAUUGUUCAGAACAGAGAGAGGGAUUCGAUUGCUGUAGAAAGCCAAUUUCAGGAUCUGUGGACCGAGAAGAGAGUAGGAGAGGAAGCAAGCGAUAGAGAGGUCAAGGGACCUGCGAGAUUGAACAGCGGACACUCUAAUUACCGAAACCGUAAACAUGAUUGGUCGUCUACACGUGUUAUUAGGGCAACAGGGCCUACGGUCUGGGUGAAGAAGGGGAAGAUCGAUGGAGCGUCUGAAUCUAACGGUGUUUUGCUCAAAAGGAAGGAAGGACUAGGAUGUGUAGGAGUAGACAUCGAAUCUUGGUAG